ACGAACUACUCGUUUGAUCAUAGCCAUCAUCGGAAGACCCUCGACUUCUUGAAGUCUCGUGGGUUUCGAGACAAUAAAUGUACUUCGGGAGGGAGCAGGAGGGGGAGGAGGAGUACGAGGACAGCAAGCAUGAGAAGAGGGCGACCGAGGAUGGAGAUGAUGAUGGUGACUGCGAUACACAGGACAUGAUGAGGGGUGAGAAGGCUGUUGACGAGGACAGCACCCCGGAUAAUGACGACGAUGACGACGAUUACGGCGCAGACAUUGGAACCUCUCUUGAUGGGGGGCUGAUGACCAUUGGCCAUUUGUCGAACUCCUUCCUGCAGUGGUGGUACGUGAGCGACAUUCCAUCUGAGGCGGCGAGGAGGCUAGAGUACCAUCGAAUGAGGAAAAAGUUGCUAGAGUGUCCGCCGUACACACAUCCUGCAUUACCCAUGCACCAUGUGAUUUCUUGCGAUGGCAUCCCUGAGCAGCAGGAAGUUCUGGCAGACAUGGUGGCAGUCGUCCGCAAGGACAUUGUGGCGACGGGAGCGACCAUCCUCACAGAUGGUCGCAAGUCCAUCACAAGCGACCAGAUAGUCAACUUCCUUGUUGCUGGGCCCACGGGAGACUACCUUUUCAGGACUGUGCAGCGGGACUGUGCUGUUCAGGAAACAACCAAGGCCGUGGUGGAGCGAUGGAAGGACGUGUUCGACAAUUUCGGUGUCGAAAAUGUGAAUGUCAUUUACACUGAUUCCGCGUCGACGUAUGUAGCUGCAUCCAAGCUCCUCACGAAGGAGGAAGUUAAGUACAACCGCAUCACUUGGCUUCCGUGUGAGGUCCAUGUCUACAACUUGUUGUUGUCAGACAUCCUGAAGGAUGGCAGCAACGGGAAGCUUGGGAAGAGGAAGGACACCAUCAUUAGGGCUCGUGCUGUCGUGCGGCUCAUUAGAGAGCACGGGGUGGCUCUCAGCCUUUAUGGACGGUUCUCUGUCGACCACCCCUCUUCUGCCUCCGCAGCUGCGGCCAGUUCCAGCGAUGCGCCACCCACGUCUCAGCGGCGAGGCAAAGAGCUUGUCUACCCUGCGCAGACGAGGUUUGCGAUGCACUACUUAAUGCUGGAGAGGGUGGCGAGAGCGAGACUGAACAGGACGUCGAUGGACGAGCUCAACAUCAUCGUUCAGGCUUGUCAAGUGCGGGUCGAUCGUCUGGCGGAGUUCCAUUCUCGGGAGGGCGAUUGGACGUACGGAGGGGUUGAGGGUAACAAGGAUGCGGCCUCCUGCAGAGGGGAGAAGGAGACAUCACAGAGAGAAAUUGACUUGGCGUUCGUUUACCAGCACCACAUAUUUCACCACGGCAUGUUUAGGACCGAGGAUGCCAGGAAUCACGGUGAGUCGUGCGGUUUGCCAGCGUACUGGUUUCACGACAUGCCUAAACUGCUGCACAUUGUUAGGCUCAAAUUGCCCUCCCUGAAAGCCAAGCGCAGGCAAUCUACACGGGAGAGUCAGGGGCCGGAUUGGCGAGGGCAGAUAACCAUGGCAGUGGUAUUGGAGGCUCUUGAUGACUUAUCACGACUGACAAAUAGCGAUGUCUGGGAUGAGAUGGCCGAUGUGGUUCUGGAUAUACCUCAGGCAACCCGGUUCUCUAUGGAUGUCGAUGUCGGUCGGGACUUCGCCUCCUCUGGAGGGUACUCCGUGCUGCUGAGCGUGCUCCAAUGCUAUACGAACGCUGUGGAUGCCGAAGGGGUCCAACUCGCCGCAUCCAUCCUCGAACGACUUGCUAGGGGACUUGCUGUGCUGCCUUGGCAGCCCUGGCGAGACCAGAGCGAUGCUGAUGCGGACAUCUUACUGGACAGUGACGUGGCAGGUGAACUGGGCGAGAAACUGGUUCAUCUUCUUGAUCCGCGGGCAGGCAACCCCGGCACUGAGGCCACCACAGUGGCCGCUGAGGAGGAGAGAGAGCAAGAGGAGGAAGGGGAGGAAGGUGAGGAGGAGGGAGGGAAGCUCCGUCUCCAAGAGACGGUACUUUCUGCACUCUGUUCCUUUGCACAUGCCGCCAGCGAGGUGCAUGCGCACAUCGGGUGGCUGGGGAAGGAGGCAGCUAAAGCGAGCAGGUUUUGUAAUGCUUUCACCACAGUUGGGCCGGGGGAUUGGCCGUUGGAGACACCCGUACCCAACUUCGGCGGACAGGAGGCUCGGGACUUCACUGAGAGGAUAAGGGCGGUGUUGAUUUGCCCCCGAACGAUGAGGCAUUUACUGGAGUUUUUGAAAGAGCGGAAGAGGAAGCCAUCCUCGCCGAAGCUCGUGGAGGACGCCAUCAGGAUCUUUGCCUACCUGUUGUGCCCGAGGAUGGUCUACUGGCAUCGGUUCGACAUGAGGCUGCAGGACUUCCCCGACUCGCUGUGCUCGCUGGACUCGCUUCCGCAGGCAUCCAAGGUCGAGGCUGCGCUGAAGGGGUUGAUUUGUCACUGCUGCGAAAAGGGAGAUGAAGCACGUCUCUCUGCUUUCUCCAAGCUGUACUUAGUCAAAAUCUUCAUCUGUCAGAACCUCAGAGACAUUGAUUGCCAAGUUGCAGAGCUUCUGCUUCAAUGUCUCGUGUACUGCGAUGGAGUGCGUGGGAGGAGAGAGAUUGACUGGUUCACACGCGAGGUAAUGGACACCCUACGCGACCUCCUUGCCUCUUGUUCCCCCUCUCAGAAGAGAACUAUCUGUAAUUAUACCAUCUGUCGCCGAGACAAAGGUUGGGGCUGGAAAUUUCUUGUCAGAAUCCGAGACUACAAAUUUCAGAAUGACUUAUCAGGGGCCCUCGUUUGUAAGCGUGAUGUUGCAGCUUGGAUUCUAGACGAGCAAUCAUUUUCAAUUGACUACAGAGGGACUCCGUUCGCCUUCCAGAACUGCUACGCAUCUGCAGUUGGCCUUGCUGCCGAUGUACUCGAUAACUUGGCGGAGGACUUGCCUGACAUGGUAGACAGUGGAGACGAUCAAUCCCCCGUGCACUACAUCUCCAGGGAGUCUAGGGUAAGGAGAGAGGCGCUAGAUUUCUGCCGCGUUCUACUCUGCCGUCUGCGUCUCGAAAGAGUGAGGUCAGGCGACUCUUUUUUAAGAAAAUGCUGGGCUAUUUUCCUCCUACGGAUAACGGAGCCAUUUAUAAAUCUGGGGUGGAGGCCAGCUUGUACAGUGAAAGAGAUCUUUUGCAACAAGUGGCACGAGGCCGAAAUGGACGGGAUGGAAGGUCUGGAAGACUCCGUUCACACUCUUCUGCUUAUACGCAAUGUUACUCGCGUCCUCCGGAUAUGUGUUUGUCGCGGGGAGAAGGAGAGAGAGCAGGAGGUCCUUGGCCAUGGAGAUGGUUUGCUAACCAUCCUUGAACAACUCCUGCUGCUGCUUAGAUACCCUCUGGACAGUUUUAAGCUGCCCACUCAGCUGGGAUUGGAUGCAUUGUCUGUCCGUUGCGUGAGCGAAAUGAGGUCUGAUAGUGCCGUAGUCAUUGCCAAACUACUUCGGUUCGUAGUUCGGGAUCACGAAGCUAACCUGAAGCCAUUCCUGCGAAGUUAUUGGGCACGGCUCAAGAAGUGGAAACAGAAGAGCGAGCCAGCAGGUGGUCCAGAUUCCACUUCACGGUUUCAAGAGUUGGGAGGUUCAUUUUGGGAGCGAAUAUGGAAGACGCAGAGAGAAUUUCACCUGGGAUUAGUUUACCAGCUCCACUACCGGGACCACCCCUCGUUCGGCAGCGACGACGCGAAAAAUAACCCUGAGAGAUGCGGCUUGCCAGCGUACUGGUUUCAUGACGUGGAUUCGCUGUUGAAGAUGGUCAGGGCCAAUUUGCCAACCCUGUCUGUCAAGGGCAGGGAGUCUAGCCCAGAGAAUUCAGUGAGAGAGAGCCGAGGGCGGCUGAGAACGGCAUUGGAGGCUAUUCUGGAGCUAUCAGAAUCAACGAAUAGGGAUGUCCGGGAUGAGAUGGCGGACAUCGUUCAGGAUAUACCCCAGGGGAGCCGGUUUUCCAUAAAUGUGGACGCCGUUCGAGACAUCGCCAGAUCGGGAUGGUACCCCGUUCUGCUGAGCGUCCUCCAAUGCACAACGAAUCCCACAGGUGCAAAGGAGGUCCGACUCGCUGCAGCCAUCCUGGCAGGACUCGCUUCGGGCCUUGCUGUGCUCCCUUGGCAGCCCUGGCGAGACGUGGGUGAUGCUGAUCAGCAGAGCACUCUUUUCAAUCCCUUGGCAGGUGAACUGGUCGCGGAACUGGUCCAUUUGGUGGACCGCUGUACCGGCCACCAGUGUACCAGGGCCAACACAGUAGGUGGCGAGGAGGCGAGAGAGCAAGAGGAUGGGGACGGGGAAGGCGAGGCGGAGGAAGGGCAGGUCUGUCUCCAAGAAACGGCCCUUUCCGCGUUGUGCUCCUUCGGACAAGCUGCUAGCGAGAUGCAUGCGCACAUCGCCUGGGUGGCCAAGGAGGCAGCUGUACCGAGUAGCAGAUUUUGUAAUGCUUUCUCCACUCUUGGGCCGGGGGAUUGGCCGCUGGAGACGCCCAUACCGAGCUUCGACCGACAGGAGGUCCGAGACUUCAUUGCGAGUGUCGUGGCAGAGUUGAGCUGCCCCCGAACUGAGAGGUUUCUACUGGAGUUUUUGGAGGUCGGCAAGUUGAAGCAAUCGUUCCAGAAGCUCGUGGCGGACUCCAUCAGGAUCCUAGCCUACCUGUUGUGCCCGAGGAUGGUCUACUAACAUCGGUUCGAAAAGAAGCUGCAGGAUUUCCCCGCCCCGCUGUGCAAGAUGGA